CCUCCCGACAAGGGACGGCGCAGAUCCCCCGUGUCGCUCCUCGUCCCCCGUGGCCCAGGGAGCCACUUGCAGUUGUACCCUCGCACGCACCAACCGCGGGCGGGCGCGGCCCCGUCGCGCUCGAUCUCUCCUCCUCUUCUCCUCGUCCUGCAGUCCAAGCACCCCACCACCCAUCCACACAAAGCCGCCACGAUCUCUCCUGAAUCCUCUUUCCCCGGCCCGUUUAUAGCGGCGACCUGACAGGUUGCCGCACCUCCUGAAUCCUCUCGCGCUCUCAGCUGUCCGUUCCUCCGCGCGCCUCUCGCGAGGACCCGGACCCGGACUGCUAGCUCCACCGUACCGGCCGCCCAUAAUGGGGAACAAGCCGCCGCCGGAGCUCUACUACGAGAUCCUGCACGUCGCCAGGGACGCCUCCCCGCAGGGGGUCCGGGCGGCCUACAGGGCCCUGGCCCGCCAGUGGCACCCCGACAAGCACCCGCCGGCCUCCAGGCCCGAGGCCGAGGCGCGCUUCAAGGCCAUCACCCAGGCCUACGAGGCGCUGCUGGACCAGCAGGAGAGCAGCAGGGCGGUAACAAGGCCGCCCGCCGGGAAGGACCGCGGCGGCGAGAACGUCGUCGUCGCCACGUCGGUGGCGAGAGCGGCUGCGGCGCGGAGCGAGAAGCCCGGCCCCGGCGCCGUCGCGCCCCGCACGCCGGCGCGGGAGGCGGAGCCGGCCAGGACGAGGAAGUCAGUGUACAGCGCCUGCGGCAGCGUCGGCGGCGGCCGGCGCGCGUUCACCGAGUUCUCCAGCUACGUCGUGCGCAAGGUGCCGCCGCUGGAGCGCAGGGUGGAGUGCACCCUCGAGGAGCUCUGCGCCGGGUGCGUCAAGGAGGUCAGGUACACCCGCGACGUCGUCACCAAGAAGGGGCUGAUCACCAAGAAGGAGGUGACGCAGACCAUCCGGGUGCAGCCCGGGAUGAGGAAAGGCGCGACGGUGACGGUGGAGGGCGCCGGCGACGAGCGGCCGGGGUGCCUGACGGGCGACGCCGUGUUCGUCGUGUCGGAGAGCAAGCACAGGCGGUUCAAGCGGCUCGGCGACGACCUGGUGCUCCGGGCGCGGGUGCCGCUGGUGAGCGCGCUCACCGGGUGGCAGCUCUCGUUCCGGCUGCUCGGCGGCGACAGGUUCCGGUGCGCGUUCCGGGACGAGGUCAUCUGCCCCGGCUACGUCAAGGUCGUCAAGGGCGGCGGGAUGCCCGUCGCCGGCGGGGAGAAGGGCGCGCGCGGGGACCUGAUGGUCAAGUUCGAGGUCGUGUUCCCUGAGAACCUCACCGAUGAGCAGCGGAAGGGGCUCGCCGAGAUCCUGAGAGGCUGCGCCUGAAGCUUGCCGGGCACCUGACGAUGGUGUGUACUGUUCUGUACGUGGCGACUUCUUGUCGUUGUAAAAUUUUGUUACACUUGUGUUGAUACUACUAUACUCGGAAAGGACUCUAGAGCACGUAAAGAUCGAUGUCCUUGUACAUAUGUUAGAGGUUUUGUUGUUGUUUGUCCUAAUACUACAUGGUUUCAACUUGCAAGAGCUAGAGACGAUGAUCUUUGUUUUGGGUUUU